AUGCCGUCCGUUGCCAUCUAUGCCUAUGUCUUGGUGUAUGCGUAUGCCCUGCGAUUAGAAGAGGAUGUUGAUACCUUGGACGGGCUUUGGGCAAAUGAGUCGCACGCUUUCGGGCGAGAUGACGACACGUUCAGGCGAGAUGAGGCCAGCCCUGCGGGGAGCAAUUGGAGUCCAGCAUUGGUGGGCGAGCAGCUGUCUGCGGAGCAAGUGGAAGAUGAACUGCACAAAUUCUUGGAGAUCAAGUGCAAUAGGAGGUCUCACAAUGAGUGGAAGAAGUGGCUCAAGGACAUCGGCACAGAGAAGGCUGACAAGAAGAAGAAGAAGAAGUCGUUUGAGAAACAUGCUGAUUUCCUGAACAUUGCUUGGAAGAGUCGGAAGUCCAACGAACCAGAUGCCUGCAACCAACAGCUGGGUGGUUUGCUUGCGAACCUCACGAAUGCUUGCAAGAAGAAAAAAGUCGAAGGCUUUAAGGGCAAGCAGAAGAGCUGUGGAGAAAGUGUUGAAGAUAUCUUCCUUCAUGGAGAAACUCUGGUUCGGAUUUUUCAGACGCCUGAUAAAGACCAUUUGAGAAAGCUAAAAAUCCACGUGGGCAAACUGAAGCCAAUGCAGCAAAGUUUGGAGUUUGUAAAGUUCUGGAUCACAGACCUGACCACUGCGGAGAAAGCUGCGAUCCUUUGGGCUGGAUUUUGGACAGAUGCCUCCGACCCGGAAGGCCACAAGAGUCGGACUUCGAAAGAACGUCUGUUUGACUUCGCAGAUCGAAUAGAGACCCAGACGGUACACCCCUCCACUCACCUGGGGAGGAUGGCAGAGGAGAAUGGCAACUUGGCCAAUUGCCAAGGCCCCAUAGCCAACGAUCUGAAGAGCAACAUGUGGAGUUUUUUCAGUUUCUCCUUCGUUUACAGCAUGAGGAAGAAGAACCAGGACAUGGUCGUGGCCUUGGUGCACAAGGAAAUGGAUGGAGCACGGGCAUUGAGCGAGUCCAUCCUGUUCAACUACGAGGUGCCAUCGCUGGGCGUUGCAGCUUGGGGACUGGGUUUUUGGUCUCCACAGGUGCUUCUCAUUGAUCUUUUGGGCACGUGCAGCCAAACGAGCCCGGCACUGCGGGAACAGUUAUUCUCUCAGUUGCCCUCAUGGUAUGAAAGCGCCAAGAAUAUGGACGGUUUCCAUGGAUGGCACAAAAACACAUAUCCUCGGCGUUCAAGAUUGUCCUGGACUUGCUUGGACUGUCCACAUGCCAGCUGUCAUUUGGACGAGCAUCUUGCAAACCAAGUGAAGCAGCUACUGCAAGUCAAGCGCCAGCAAGAUGACAAAGACACCAAGUUGAUCGAAGCUGCUAAGGAAGGCAGGGCCCAUGCAGUGGAGGAUCUAUUGGAGAAUGGAGCCGAAGUAAACUGCCAGGACAAGAAAGGCAACACACCUUUGUGGUACGCCGUGAUCAACCGUCAUGCGGUCAUGGCCCAGUUGCUGUUGAAGCACGGUGCGUUCAUCGAUGCCAUGAAUGAGGGCGGCAAAACUCCACUUUGGGAGGCAUUGACAGGAGGUGAUGAUGACUUGAAGCAGCUCAUGAAGCAACUAGGCUUCACCAAGCAAAACUUCGGUGUAGAAUAA